GCCCAUUCCCCUCUUUAUAAAUUCCCCCAAACCUCAAACCUCCGGCACCAACACAUUCCUUAAUCCUUAGCUUUCUCUAAUCUCUCCUACUGUUUCACAUAGCUUCUUUGCUUUAAUUUUCCUUUCCCCACAUAUUUCCUUUUGUCUUUUGAUUGAAUUCAAACCUCAAUCAAUCCAAUCACCGUCUUUUCUGGAAGCCAUGGGGGAUAAUAAUAAUAACGCCGGCGGGAGAGUUGCGGUGGAGGAGAAUCGGAGCGGCGGCGGAAAUAAUCUCCCAAAUUUUCUCCUCUCAGUGAGGCUUAAGUAUGUGAAGCUUGGGUACCAUUACUUGAUUAGCCACGCCAUGUAUUUGCUGUUGGUGCCCGUGUUAGGGGCCGUUUCGGCUCACCUCACCACUCUCACCCUCGACGAUGUGGUCCAAUUAUGGCACCACCUAAAGUUCAAUUUAGUCACGGUGGUCCUCUGCUCUGCCCUUCUGGUUUUCCUGGGGACUCUCUACUUCAUGACCCGGCCUAGAAAGGUUUACUUGGUGGAUUUCGCGUGUUACAAGCCUCCCCCGGAGGUUAUGUGCCCUAAGGAGAUUUUCAUGGAUAGAUCAAAGAAAGCCAACAUUUUUACUGAGGAAAAUUUAUCCUUUCAGAAGAGGAUAUUGGAGAGGUCAGGGCUGGGGGAAAAGACUUAUUUCCCAGAAGCCCUUUUGAGACAGCCGCCCAAUCCUUGCAUGGCUGAGGCUAGGAAAGAGGCUGAGAUGGUGAUGUUUGGCGCCAUUGAUGACCUUUUGGCUAAAACUGGUGUCAAAGCUAAGGAUAUUGGGAUUCUUGUGGUGAAUUGCAGUCUCUUUAACCCAACCCCUUCUCUCUCUGCUAUGAUUGUUAACCAUUACAAGCUUAGGGGAAACAUCCAAAGCUAUAACCUUGGGGGCAUGGGUUGCAGUGCUGGGCUCAUUUCAAUUGACCUUGCCAAACAACUCUUGCAGGUGCAACCGAACUCGUAUGCCCUAGUAGUGAGCAUGGAGAACAUAACCUUAAACUGGUACUUCGGCAACAACCGAUCAAUGCUGGUGUCCAACUGCAUCUUCCGGAUGGGCGGCGCCGCCAUCCUCCUCUCCAACCGCUCCUCCGACCGGCGGCGCUCCAAGUACCAGCUCAUCCACACCGUCCGGACCCACAAGGGCGCCGACGACCGGAGCUACUCCUGCGUGUUCCAAGAAGAGGACGACAAGCGCGAGGUCGGCGUCGCCCUCUCCAAGGACCUAAUGGCCGUCGCCGGCGAGGCCUUAAAGACCAACAUCACCACCCUCGGACCCCUCGUCCUCCCCAUGUCCGAGCAGCUCCUCUUCUUCGUCACGCUCGUCGCCCGCAAAGUCUUCAAGAUGAAGAUCAAGCCCUACAUCCCCGACUUCAAGCUCGCGUUCGAGCAUUUCUGCAUCCACGCCGGCGGCCGAGCCGUGCUGGACGAGCUAGAAAAGAAUCUCGAACUCAGUCAAUGGCACAUGGAGCCUUCGAGAAUGACACUUUACCGGUUCGGUAACACGUCCAGUAGUUCUUUAUGGUACGAAUUGGCUUAUUCCGAGGCUAAGGGAAGGAUUAGAAAGGGUGAUCGGACAUGGCAGAUCGCGUUUGGGUCUGGGUUUAAAUGUAACAGUGCGGUUUGGCGUGCAUUGAAGACCAUCGAUCCUGCCAAGCUCAAGAACCCAUGGAUGGACGAGAUUCACGAUUUCCCAGUUGAGGUUCCUAGAGUUGCCACCAUCAACGCUUGAUUAUUAUUAUUAUUCUUAAAAAAACAACAUUUAGAAUACCCAAAACAUGUGUGAAAAUUCUUGAUUAUUACUUCCAAUUCCAAGGUUGUCUUUUCAUUUCUUUUUAUUGACAUUUUAGAAGAAAGAAUUAAACUGGCGCGUGUGGCCAUUUCCAUUGUUUUAUACUUGAUGUAAAGGAGAAAGUUUUGGUGAUUGAAAACCACGUUACAGUGGAAGGCAAUACUCCAAAAAUAUAUCCAGCCAUCAUUCUCUUGAGUCGUCAAUGGCGUUUGUAGUGUAUGUAAGCAUCCUCCAAAUUCUUGUAAUUAUUACAAAUAAAUUGAUUUAUAA